GUGACCUCCUCAAACCCACAGUGGCGUCCUCACCCAACCAGGGCCUGACCCUGAACGGCCACAAACUUGUUUCCAACGACCUGGACUCGUCACUUGCAAAUCUAGUUGGCAAUCUGGGAAUUAGCAAUGGCACAGCAAACAAUGAUCUUCACUGGAAUCAGCCUGGUGAGAAGAAGCUGACUGGUGGAAACAACUGGCAACCCAAAUCCGCUCCUUCUACCACCUGGAACCCUGCAGCCAUGGCACCAUCUGUCAUGGCAUUCCCUCCAACCACAUCCACAGGCAUGAUGGCAUAUGGAAUGCCUCCCCAGGUGAGCUCCAUGAUGAUGACCCAGCCUGUGAUAAGGCCAGCCAACCCUUUUGGCCCCAACCCAGGUGCACAGAUGCAGUUUAUGUAACCUGAAGGAGGAGGGGUCUUACCCCAAACCCAUCUGAAGAUGAUUUAAAACAAUGUCAACUAUCCAAGCAAACGUGCAGUUUGCUUCUAAGGAAUGUCUCUCUCUGAGAAUAAAAAGCCCAACCAGACUUGAUGAACUCACGGUGACUGGGAGCGGCGUCACAGUGGACAUUGGCCCCGCCUUGUCCUGUGGAAGUCCUAGAAGAGAAGGAGCGUACUGCCAUUCAACACCAUGUGGACAGCUUUCGAACCUACUCUAUCCUGGACUAAGAGAAACACAACAGCUUUCUGACACUGCUGUAUGUACCUGGGGAAAACAGUGAGGGUGGUUGUCACGGUAACAUUGGGAGUUGUCUUUCUCCGUUCCUCUUUCUCCAGGUGAGCGAGGGAGAGUCACUUAUUUUGAUUAUCAAUCAUGAUUACCUACAUAAAGCAUCCCCACAUUAGGAAAACAAACUCCUUCAAGACAUGUUUAUGUAUUGUUUGCAGUAGACAUUCCGUAUGCAUUGUUUGUAUUUAUUUAUGAUUACCUACAGAGAAAAUGACAAAAAAAAGUCAAUGUAACUUGUCGCUGACCUCCAGGUGGAAGGCCUUCAGAUGUAUUCAUAGGAAUGAUUGAAUGUAGAGUUGGAUUUUGAGUGAUUGAGAUGAUUUUUUGAAAAAUAAGUUAAUAUAAAGUUUAAAGAGAGGCAUUUUGCUGUUGGGUCACUAAAUAUUCUCUUCACCCGCUAUAGGGGUCACACUGGGGGUAUAAACAUUUUUUUUGUAUUCAAUAAAACCAUCAUAACAAUGGGGAAGAUUUCUACAAAAAAGGAAAAUGCAUUUAUGCUUUUGACGCUUUUGGCAUGCCAUUUAUUCUCACAUUUAACAAGCUCCUGGCUGCCCUCGUCCAACAGGAAUGUGCAGGGUCCCUCUCAUGCUCAGAUCAUGUUUCAAUAGCAAGCACUGGGGCAUUAAGACAAUGUGGCGGCACCGGGAGGCUCAGGUAACACUGCUGACAGGGGGCAGAAAGGUUUAAUGUUCAGCAGAAUAGAGCACUGUUGAUCGGUGCUUUGUGUAAAUAAAAACUUUUCCUGCCAAUCACAUGAUGGGCGAGUGCAGGUAACAAAGAUGAUCUGAACAUAAAAGUGGCCCUUUAUCCAUAACUGAGCCUAUUUGCAGCGUUGACCCUGCAGAUUCUAUUUUUGUUUGUUUGAUUUUUACGAAUAAAGUGCAAGCGUCAACACUU